CAAACGAAAGGCAGCCCUGAGCCUCCACUCAAUCCAAUUAAGGCGGACUUCGUCCACUCGGUUACGUGUACAUCCAACAAGAUCGGCGUUAAGGCAACACCAGAAUAUUUGGCAAAAAAGAUUUGCCUCCCCUUCCCCCUUUUUUUUCAGCCGCCGAAUCAUGUCGAUGAGCCCAAAGCAUACGACUCCUUUCUCAGUGUCUGACAUCUUGAGUCCCUUGGAGGAAAGCUACAAGAAAGUGGGCAUGGAGGGUAGCAACUUGGGGGCUCCCUUGGCAGCCUACAGGCAGACUCAGGUUUCUCAGCCAACGAUGCAGCAGCACCCCAUGGGCCACAACGGGACAGUGACUGCUGCCUACCAUAUGACAGCGGCAGGCGUCCCCCAACUCUCCCAUACCACGAUGGGGGGCUACUGCAACGGCAACCUAGGCAACAUGGGGGAACUGCCACCCUACCAGGAGACCAUGAGGAACAGCGCUUCAGCCACGGGAUGGUAUGGGGCCAACCCGGAUCCCCGCUUCUCUACAAUAUCCCGCUUUAUGGGGCCGUCUUCUGGAAUGAACAUGGGCGGCAUGGGGAGCCUGAGCUCACUUGGAGACGUUAGCAAGAGCAUGGCCCCUCUCCAGAGCACGCCACGGAGGAAACGCAGGGUCCUUUUCUCCCAGGCCCAGGUUUACGAGCUGGAGAGACGCUUCAAGCAGCAGAAAUACCUCUCAGCUCCGGAGCGAGAGCAUUUGGCCAGCAUGAUCCAUCUCACGCCGACUCAGGUCAAGAUCUGGUUCCAGAACCACCGCUACAAGAUGAAACGCCAGGCCAAAGACAAAGCCGCGCAGCAGCAGAUGCAGCAGGACAACAGCGCCUGCCAACAGCAGCAGUCCCCCAGGCGAGUGGCGGUGCCCGUGCUUGUAAAGGAUGGCAAGCCGUGUCAAGCGGGCUCCAACACGCCAACGGCAGCGAUCCAGAGCCAUCAGCAGCAGGCAGCGACAGCCAUCACGGUGGCUACCAAUGGCAACAGCCUUGGACAGCAUCAGAGCCACCAGACAAACAGUGCGGGGCAGUCUCCAGACCUGGGACAGCACUCAGCCAGCCCUUCCUCCCUCCAGAGCCAGGUCUCCAGUUUGUCUCACUUAAACUCUUCUAGUUCUGACUAUGGCACGGCCAUGUCCUGCUCUACCUUGCUCUACGGUAGGACCUGGUGAAAGGAUUUUUUUUUUUUUUUUUUUUGGAAAAAAGCUCAGAUGCUCCCAGUCUCACAGAUCUCUACCCUGUUCAAACGCUUGUUUGAUUUUAUUUUUUAUUUUUACUUUUUCACGAGCGGUUCUCCGAGGAACCCCUAGCAGAGAGAGAAAAUGACUUUGUAGGUUGGGAAAUGGGUAUUUUUUAAAAAAAAUAGAUCACGACGCAGUUGCAGAAUGGAGACCAUGAAUGACCAUGGUUCGGAGGCUUGGAUUUCAAAUGUACAGUUUGCCAGCGAAUAGAACUUGCAUGUAAAUAUAGAGAUUUUCGGGAGGGAGGGGUGGGCGUUCCCCCAAAACACCAUUAGUGUCGCCCAGACAAAAGGAAAGCCCCCCCCAUCCCAGCAACCAGGGCCCGCCGAUGGAGAUAUUGAUUCGUCACAGCUUGGCAUUUCUCCCCCACCCCUUACUUUUGAUGUGAACCUGUAGCUGUAUAAUGCUGUCAAAAGUUGGACUAAACCCAUAGUUUUUAGUAACCUGUAUAUUUUGUUGUAAAGAAAAAUAAUACAAUCAACCAAAUCAAACCAAAACACACCCGACCUUUUUUAUGGACAUUGAACGAUCCGUGUAAAUCCUUUGGCAGUUUGUUAUUUCCGCACGUCUCCUCUUUCUGUUGUAAACUUAUGUAGAUAUUUGGCUUAAAUAUAGUUCCUAAGAAGCUUCUAAUAAAUUAUACACAUUGCAAAUAUUCUUAUUAUUAUUAUUUUCCUUUGCUUUCCCCUUAUAUCUCUCCCUCUCCCCCACCCCAGAAAACAAAUAGGGAUGCUAACAAAUAUUGACACCAAAAGCAAAAAGGCCCAAAUCUUGCAGGAGUUCGGGCCACUGGUUUCACUGGGAAGCAGGAUUAGGCCCAUGUUUUGGAGAGAGAUAAGAUUACUGUAGUCCAAAAGGAGGAAUCGACCCCCGGAAUUCAUUAGCCCGACAUCAAGCUAGGGAGCACAUGGCUAUUGACAGAGAAAGGAAAGUAGUCCAGAAGCAGAGAAGUUAAAUGUGUAUGGUUAUUAGAAACAAACUAAGGAGUAACGCACUGACAGGCUAGAAAAUGCAACCCUUUUAAAAAGCGUGUCCAGUUUUAAUAACUUGUGCAAAAAUAAUUUCUACCAGGUUUUCUUAUGUACUUUGUAUUUUAAGGAAAGUACAGUCAC